ACCAUACAAAUGCGUCGUCUGCAACUCGGUAAUGGUUAUGGAUGGUAAUCUUUUUCCAGCUGAUUUCUAAAACCAAAUUAAUUUUGAUUUCCGAGGGAGUAAAUCAGAAAAAAAUGUCAUUUCUUCGCUCAAGUAUGAAAAAGAUGGUGCCAGCAUAUUUUCGUUAUUAUUCUGCUGAGGUGCCAAAAGCUAACACACCAAACCCUAAAGCAGCUGCUGCAGCAAAAGAGAAGCCUCCAGCUAAAGAACCAGUUGUAGGUCCUGGAGCAUCAAAACAAGGACCAUAUAAAAACCCUGAAUACUUCACAUACAACAUAAUGUCUCACUAUGACAUUGAAAAAGAUAUGAAGCCCUUCAGAAUUCCCCAGCCAUCAAGCCUGAAGAAGUAAAGAUGACAAGUACAACAACUUCAUUGUUUAGAAGUGUAUUAAGCAUUUGGUUCUCUUAGACAAAUCAUUAAAACUAAAGGUUAUUUACAAAGA